GCCGGUCGCCGCCGCAGUCUCGCUGAACUCGGCCUAUGGUGCAGUCGUCGCGCGCGAUUGCCGUUCUCUGCCUAAAUACCUUGGGCGUCGUGGAUUUGUUGUUUUGGAAACUUUCAGUUCGUGUCGUCGAAAAGUUGAUCGAAGAGUUGUUCUGCAACCCACCGGGCCGGUCUUGUGGUUGGUGGAAUGACUCUUUUGGAUUUUCGCAAACACCAGCCAGCAUCUCGCAAGUAAAGCAAGCAAAGGGGGGUUCCUCGCUGAAGACUGCGACCACUGCAGAUCAGUUCGACUCGCAUAGCGGUACCUGUGGGAACACGGUUGCGGUUUCGACUCUUGCGCGCGGUGACUCUGAGACCGGCCGACGUUGCACAACGUUAACUACUGGACUUGUACCGGAUCUUCGCGUGUGGUGCGGUCUGUUCUCUAUACGUCUUGCGCUUUCGAGGGGAUUCUUGAGUGAAGGUUAUUUCUUUUUGCGUGCGUGCUGCUGACAUCACGGACGGUUGGCUGGCUCGGUUGGAAUUUCUUGAGCGGCUUUCCGGCGCAAAUUUUUGGACCAUCUCGGCGGAGACGAGGGAGCAACGCAGAAGCGUACACCUUAGGAAUUUGCUGCACCUUUAUCGCUCGCUGCUGGUGGUUUUGUGUUUAAUGUGGAAGGCAAAAAGAGUGACGUGAAAACGUGACGGCUCCAGCAGAAGGAAAUAAUUAAUGCGUCCGGUAGCUCCGGCAACGAAGGGGAUUGAACCUUUUCGCUGUAACCCAAGUGAGAUAGUUUUCGUGAGUGAACAUCGCCUUGUGCGGAGAUUUCAAGUCACUUGUUUGGAGCUGCGUGGAAGAAGUUGUUCAUGGUGUAAAUUUUUAGAAGAAAAGGGAAUUUAUGAGUUUGAUAAUGGUAUUUAGUGCUGUUUGGCAGCUGCCAUUUGUGUAUGGUUGAAACGAUCAGUAGUGUGAGUUGUUAAUAGGUAGGAUUAUCUACUAAAUAUUAAAGCUCGCUAAAUAGUUCGAGUGCAUUGAAGGAGCAUAUCCAAUUGAUAAACCUGAAUAAUCUGAUAAGGUUGUUCUUCCAGUCAACUGACUGUGGUUUGGAGCAAAGUGAACAGGAAUUUUCAGUCAACAACAACUCAGAAAAUGGAUCAAGUUCAAUGAGCUAAUCUGCAUCACUGGAUCUACCCAGAAAAAAGUCGUUUACCCAUCAAACUUACGUGCCAAUUUUACAUCUCGUUAACAAGCCACUCCAAAUGAGCACCAUCACCGUCGUUCAUCGCUGAUGCAAUUCAGUCAUCAUUGAAGGUCUACAGAUUGCUGCGUAAUGUCCUGAUCCUGGAGCUACGCCAAAAAUGAAUUGCACCGCGCUUAACAGUAAUCAAAUUGAAACGACACCCAACAACCAUCCUCGGUUGACAGUACCGGCGGUUACAACCCGAGCUUCCGUCGGAGUACCGGUAUCAAAUGCAUCCACCAACUCCGGGAUCUUCUUCCACCACACCAACAACCUCCUCGACGUUCCCCGACCGAACAAUUCGGAGGAGGAAAACUCGCCAACCGAACUGAACAACUGCCGCCGAUUAGCGGAAAAACCUCCUCUGGUCAAACGACUAACCAUGGGCAUCCUUCGAACCGCCGAAGAUAGCAGACCCCUGGUGCACAGCUCAUCUCCCUCCAGUUCAUCCAGCUCGUCGCAAGCGACCUCCGACGGCUAUGUGAACGAAGGCAUUUGUAGCGAAACCGUCGAAGCAAGCGUAGUGUUCAACAAAUUCGGUGACUCGUGUCAACGCACGCUGGUCGCACAACCUACCGGGGAAGGAUCCCCCCGCUACAACCAUAGCAUAGCUCUGUACCCACAGACUGGCCCAGCUGGAGCUCCCAAUCCGCUACGGAAUGAUUGGCUUAGUUUGAAAGAGCAACACGAACUCAAGGGAGCACCCUGGUAUCAAGCGGGGAUACCGAGGGAAAUCUCCCUGGAAGUCCUUUCCCGGCAAAAUCCGGGGGCGUUUUUAGUGCGCCAGAGUACCACCAAACCAGGCUGUUUCGCUCUGUCACUCAGAGUUCCACCACCAGCACCAAAAGUAGCGCAUUAUUUAAUUUUAAGGACGAUACGAGGUUAUAAGAUUAAGGGCUUCACCAAGGAAUUCAGCUCGCUGCGAGCGUUGAUAACGCACCACUCCGUUAUGCCAGAAUUGCUCCCAGUACCACUAGCCCUGCCUCGACCACCGCAACUAGGCCCACGCCAGGAUGAUCCGGAAAUGUACGGAUCCCUAAACGAGUUUCAGAAAAUUUUGGCGGAAUAAUAAACGCACUCGACCAACAGUUAAGAAUUAUUGUGAAAGACUUGGCUAGUCAUUUAACCCCAUUUAGGACUAGGAUUACUUACGUUGACAAAAAUAUAAACUGUGACAUUAACUAAUUCUCAAUCUGAUAAAUUUGGCUUUAAUUCCAUACAAAAAAUAAACGAAAAUUGAGAACACCAAGUUCAAAUUGUUUAGGUUUAGAAAUUAAAAUAAGCGGAUAGUAUAAACAUAUUUCCGAUUGUUGAAUUACUUUACUAGACAUACGUAGUAAAAUUUAGAAAACAUUUACUUGUUACAUAUGUAAAAUUUACAAUUAUAGAAUUAAUUAAUGGACAAAUAAAGAAAAUAACGGUUACUAA